ACACCUCCCCUCCGCCAGCUGAAACAAUGGUCUUUACCGACUCUUCUUCUCGCAUCAGGAAUUUGUAACGUGCCAUAUUUUUACCAAUGGGUAUAUCUGGAGAACCAAAUGUCACCGCGGAACAGGGCAAUUUCAAGUUUUUGAAAAUGCCAGCGGUUUAUGCAGCCGCACCUUUCAUUGAAGAUUUCUUGUCGCUGCGUUUUGCCAUUGAAGCUUCAUCCUAGGACUGGAUUGGCUGCCUAUGGUCCCAGCUGUGCGAUUUCGUUAGCUCGCAGAGACCGCAGUUGUCGUUGAUCCAUUGAAGGAGCCUACAUACAGUAAGUAGCCUAAAGGAAAAAAACGGCGUGAUGAUGUGCGAGGUGAUGCCCACUAUCAGCGAGGACACGGCUCAGCGGGGCUCCCAGAGCAGCGCCUCGGACCCAGACUCCCACUUUGAGCAGCUGAUGGUCAACAUGCUGGAUGAGAGAGACCGCCUGCUGGACACGCUGAGGGAGACCCAGGAGAGCCUGGGGAUGUCCCAGCAGCACCUGGAGGACGUUAUCUACGACCGGGACUCACUGCAGCGCCAGCUCAGCUCCGCCCUGCCACAGGAGUUUGCAGCCCUGACCAAGGAGCUGAACGUGUGCAGAGAGAACCUUCUGGAGAAGGAGGAGGAGAUCUCUGAGCUCAAGGCCGAGAGGAACAACACCAGGUUGCUUCUGGAGCAUCUGGAGUGCCUGGUGUCCAGGCAUGAGCGGUCACUGCGUAUGACCGUGGUCAAGCGGCAGGCCCAGUCCCCCUCAGGCGUGUCCAGUGAGGUGGAGGUCCUCAAAGCGCUCAAGUCCCUGUUCGAGCACCACAAAGCUCUAGACGAGAAGGUGAGGGAGAGACUGCGGGUGUCGCUAGAGAGGGUCUCUGCAUUGGAGGAGGAUCUAACAUCAGCCAACCAGGAGAUUGUGGCCUUACGGGAGCAGAAUGCCCACAUCCAGAGGAAGGUGGCGUCAGGGGACGGGUCAGAGGACAUGCUGGAGGGCACUGAUGCCAGCCAGAAGGUACAUAGCAAGCGCCUGUCCAACGGCUCCAUGGAGUCGGCCCAUGAGGCGGGCCAGGUGGUGGAGCUGCAGGACCUGCUGGAGAAGCAGAACUAUGAGCUGGCCCAGAUGAAGGAGCGCAUGUCUUCCCUGUCGUCCCGCGUCUCCGAGGUGGAGCAGGAGCUGGACACCGCACGCAAGGACCUCAUCAAGACAGAGGAGAUGAGUACCAAGUACCAGAGGGACAUCAAAGAGGUGAGGAGAGAGGCUAUGUGUCAGAAGGAGGACAUGGAAGAGAGGAUCGUCACUCUGGAGAAGCGGUACCUCAGCGCCCAGAGAGAGUCCACCUCCCUGCACGACAUCAGCGACAAACUGGAGAAUGAGCUGGCCAAUAAGGAAGCCUUCCUCAGACAGAUGGAGGAUAAGAACAGGCAGCUGCUGGAGCGUUUGGAGCUAGCAGAGCAGAAGCUGCAGCAGACCAUGAGAAAGGCUGAGACCCUGCCAGAGGUUGAGGCUGAACUGGCUCAGAGGAUAGCAGCACUCACCAAGUCUGACUCGAGCUCCGCCUCCUCUCCUGAUGAUUAUCAGUUUGUUAUGGAAGCUAAACUCCAAGACAUGAACUCCAUUCUUAGGAAGGCGGAGGAGCGCCACGGCAGCAUCGAGGAACGCAUGAGGCACCUGGAGGGACAGCUGGAGGAGAAGCACCAGGAGCUGCUCAGAGCUCGGCAGAGAGAAAAGAUGAAUGAGGAACACAACAAGCGCCUGUCGGACACGGUGGACAGACUUCUCACAGAGUCCAACGAACGUCUUCAGCUCCACCUGAAAGAGAGGAUGGCUGCUCUGGAAGAGAAGAAUGUUUUAAUACAAGACUCGGAAGGCUACAGAAAACAGUAUGAGGAUUCAAUCCAUGAAAAAACUCAUCUGGCAGAUGAGAUAGACAAGCUGAGAUCAGAGUUGGACCAGUUCCGACUGAGAACAGGCUCACUCACAGAACCCACUCUGUCACGGUAUGGGUCUCACCUGGACACGUCGGGGGAGCUCCGCUUCUCCCUGGGCUCCCUAGCUGAGACCCAGUCAGACCACUACCGGUCAGCCAAGGUCAUCCGCAGGCCCAGGAGAGGACGCAUGGGUCUCCGCAGGGACGAGAGCAAGGCUAAGUCACUGGGGGAGCACGAGUGGCGCUCUCAGCAGCUAGGCAUCCUGGGUAGCCACCCGUUUGAGAGUGAGAUGUCUGACAUGUCGGACAUUGAUGACGAUGACCGGGAGACCAUGUUCAGCUCCAUGGACCUGCUGUCCCCCGGCGGUCACUCAGACGCCCAGACCCUAGCCAUGAUGCUGCAGGAGCAGCUGGACGCCAUUAACAAAGAGAUACGACUGAUCCAGGAGGAGAAGGAGUCGACAGAGCUGCGGGCGGAGGAGAUAGAGAACCGUGUGGCCAGCGUCAGCCUGGAGGGUCUCAACCUGGCCCGUAUGCACCACCCCGGAGCCUCCAUCACCGCCUCGGCCACCGCCUCCUCCCUGGCCUCUUCCUCCCCGCCCAGCGGACACUCCACCCCCAAGCUGGACCACCGCAGCACCGCAGACAUGGAGCGCAUGGGUAUCAUGACACUGCCCAGUGAUCUGAGGAAACACAGGAGAAAGAUUGCGGCCACAGACGAUGACGGCCAGGACAAGGCUACCAUCAAGUGUGAGACGUCCCCUCCCCCCACGCCCCGGACCGUACGCAUGACCCGCACACUGCCAGCCUCCUCACACAAUGAGGCCCGAGGCAUUGCUGCCAGCCUGGAGGCAGAGGCCAGUGCACUGAGCAGCGUAGCCAGCAGUCAGGACUCCAUCAACAAGCAGCCCAAGAAGAAGGGCAUCAAGUCCUCCAUCGGACGCCUGUUUGGCAAGAAGGAGAAGACCAGACUGGCACAGCUGCAUGCCCACAGGGAGGCCAUCGGGCAGAGCCAAGGAGCGUCUGAUCCAGACCUGGGUCAGGACAUGGCUGUGGGGAAGCUGGGGACUCAGGCUGAGAAAGACCGCCGGCUGAAAAAGAAGCACGAGCUGUUGGAAGAGGCGAGGAGGAAAGGCUUACCUUUCGCCCAAUGGGACGGCCCCACAGUGGUGGCCUGGCUGGAGUUGUGGCUGGGGAUGCCCGCCUGGUACGUGGCGGCAUGUCGUGCCAACGUGAAGAGCGGUGCCAUCAUGUCUGCCCUGUCGGACACAGAGAUCCAGAGGGAGAUUGGCAUCAGUAACCCCCUGCACCGCCUCAAACUACGCCUGGCCAUUCAGGAGAUGGUCUCCCUCACCAGUCCAUCUGCUCCGCCAACCUCCAGAACCCCGUCAGGCAAUGUAUGGGUGACCCACGAGGAAAUGGAGACCCUCGCAGCACCCUCCUCGAAAACGAGGUCUGGGGAGUCCGAGGAGGGGAGCUGGGCGCAGACUCUAGCGUAUGGUGACAUGAACCAUGAGUGGAUAGGAAACGAGUGGUUGCCCAGUCUAGGACUACCUCAGUACCGCAGCUACUUCAUGGAGUGUCUGGUGGACGCCCGCAUGCUGGACCACCUCACCAAGAAGGACCUCCGGGUGCAUCUCAAAAUGGUGGACAGCUUUCACAGGACGAGUUUGCAGUAUGGUAUCAUGGGUCUGAAGAAGCUCAACUAUGACAGGAAAGAGCUGGAGAGACGCAGAGAGCACAGCCAGCAUGAAAUGAGAGACGUGCUGGUGUGGAGCAACGAGCGGGUGAUUCGCUGGGUCCAGAGCAUCGGUCUAAAGGACUAUGCCAAUAUCCUGCUAGAGAGCGGCGUGCACGGGGCCCUGGUCGCCCUCGACGACAACUUUGACCACACCAGCCUGGCGCUGCUCAUCCAGAUCCCCAACCAAAGCACUCAGGCACGUCAGAUUCUGGAGAGGGAAUAUAAUAACCUGCUAGCCCUGGGCACCGAGAGACGACUGGACGAGUAUGAAGAUAAUGACCUCCGGGGGCCAUCGUGGAGGAGGCAGUUCCCCCCGAGGGACGUCCACGGGAUCAGUAUGAUGCCCGGCUCGGCAGAGACCCUCCCCGCUGGCUUCCGCGUGACCACCGGCUCACACUCCCGUAGGCUACCCCCCGAAGGUGAGCUCCCCCACAGACCCCCUGCAUGGCCAAGACCCCCACAAAGUAGACCUAACAAUUAAACUAGCGCCUCCAGUUUAGGGCACUUAGCAUGGAUGAAUGUAAAUUGCUAAAAAUGCCAACUUGGAUGGUAAAAUUGCACUCAUCAAACACUUAUAAAAAUGGCUAGCUGCCACAAAAUGUAUUUGAUUAAGAUUGUACCUGGGUGCAUUUCAUUUCUGUGUUAGAGUUUGGGGGGGGGUCCUCUUGCCCCUCUCUUUACUUGGGUCUCUCUCCCCAUCACACUCUCUCCCGUCUAUCGGUGUAUGGAUGGAGCAUGUUGCUGACUAUACAUGUAUUUUCUCUGCUCUGGGACUGCUGCUCUGUGUGCAGUGCUCUAUGAGGCGCUGGAUGACAGUCCUGACUAUACCUGUAUUUUCUCUGCUCUGGGACCGCUGCUCUGUGUGCAGUGCUCUAUGAGGCGCUGGAUGACAGUCCUGACGACAUGUAUUUGGACUGGUUUCAAGGUCAGAUAUACUGGCGCUAUACCAUGUGUCCUGCUGUUGGCCUGUGUGCCUUUACGCCCCCCAAAACUCCCCGGUUCCUGCUGUCCACCCUACUGUACCUCCUCUCUUCUCCAACUGUCUUCUCUCUCUACCUCUACUGCUCUGUUCCUCUGUUUCGUUCUGCCCCUGAUGCCAACUACAAGGGUGGCCAUUUGUUUGUCAAGGUUCUCAGUUUGUUAUAGUAGACAUAUUGUGUGUCAAGUAAAUGUUACUCAGGUUGCUGUUAUUAGCACAGUAGUUGUUAGUUGCAGCCUCUGCUGCUGCACCCUUGAAGUUAAAGCAAUGAAUUCCCUAUAUAUAUGUUAGUUGAGCUAUGUUAGCUGAGAUAUGUUAGUUGAGCUAUGUUAAUUCUAUGUUAGUUGAGCUAUUUUAGUUGCCCUGUAAAAGGAGGUUUACAUAAAAGAAUCAUAAAGGUUUAUGAUGGAUAAGAUGGAUGUUUUACAGUUGCCGGUUUGUGUCGCUCCUCGCCCUGUUGUUAAGAGGACGCUGGUCAAAAUCUUCACCUUUUCAAGGGGAUGAGAGAUGUAUUGAAACUUGCGUCUGUGAUUGUGGCCCAGUGAGUUACAGCUGGACUGUAGUACAGCAGGCCGCAUUGUGCCAGAACUCACUCCGGAAUUUUGGACGCAACUUCUGAUACAAGUGAGUCUAUCGCUGACAUCCGAUUGCAGGUUUUGACCAGAGUUCUUCUCUAACACUCUGUCCCCAGUGUAAUCGAGCUGCCUUCCUGUAUCCGCCUCUAUCUGUGGUCCCUGGUCUGUGGUGGUGAUGACAUUAACAGACUUGUUCCUGUACGAGGUGUGAUUCACUCAAAAUGGCCACGUGCACUCCUCCUCUGAGUGUGCGAUGCAAUGUGCCUUGGCUUUGCUAGCUGACAUUUUGACUAACCUCGUUCCCGUGUGUGGUGCGUGUGUGUGUGUGCAGUGUGUUGUAUCCACAGUAUGGUCUACUGUACUCCUAGCCCUUAUCAACUGGUUUCGAGUCAGUUUUGUUUGUCUCUCUCAUUUGUUUGUCCCUCUCACAGUGGACAAUGGGAGCUGAUCCUGUGUCAAUUGUUAUGGGCAUAAAUUGGCCCCUUAGCAGUACAGCGUCUGGACAGCUCUACAGUGAGGACCUACUCCUGCUGAGGGAGGAGAAGCGAGACUGUAAGCUGUAAGUCACACACAUUAUCCCUGUACAAGCUAUAAGUUGCGCAUACACACAUGCUCACACACAAACUCUCCCUCUCUCUUACAUCUGUCGUUCUGCUCAGUGAGAGCAAAUGACUGUGAGAAAUUGGAACGGGGUGAGAGGGUAACUUGUCUUUACAGAUAACCAUGUUUGCUUGGAGAGGAGAGUCCCUGCUCUAGUGCAGACAUUCAUGAUCAGAUGAUAGGAGUCAAAGGCAGCAGCAUGAGGCGUCCUCACUCUGUUGUCCCUCCUUUAAUCUCUGUCCAGCACAGACAACUACAGCCACAGUACACAUGGAGCUGUAUUCCACAUCAGGUAACUGAUGCAAGCAGUAGAAUCAGAUUAUUUUUUAAACAGAUAAAAAUACACCUUAUGAAACAGCUGGGACUGUGAAGAGACACACACAGGUAGUAUAGCGGUAAUAUACAUGUUGUAUUGUAGAUAUGUAGUGGUGUAAUACUGUUAUAUGAUGUACUGUUUUAUCUUUUUUUCAUGUGUGAUGUAAGUGCCUUAAUGUGUUUGGACCCCAGGAAGAGUAGCUGCUGCCUUGGCAGGAACUAAUGGGGAUCCCUAAUAAAUACAUGAAUACCCCUGAAUGCCAAGGUCCAGAUACUGUAUGUAGAGAAGGUCUUACUGUACCUUGGAGCUGCUGGACGGGUCCUCCUGCCUGGAACAAACAUUCUGACGAGACGCACUGCCAAGAAGCACCCCCCUACCCACCCACCCACCCACCAAAAAGAGAGGGGGGGAGGGGGGCAGCGAGGGGUGCCUCCUGCCAAGCCGCCCCCCUCUGCACUUACAAGUCAAGGCCCCCUGAAACCUGGGCAGCAGCUGCCGGUGCUACUUUCCUUCUGUCUGUCCUGUUGUCACCGUUUCUACCUUUUACAUGUACAAUAACUUGUUGAAGCAUAAUGUACUGUGUAUUUCUUCUACCAGGAGAUGUGUAGGUUUUCUGUAAAUUAAUAUAAAUAUGAGUUUUUUUAUAUAUACAUAUAUAUAUAAAUAUAUACACAUCUAUAUUACAAAAAAGAAAAGAUAUUCAGAGUUUGUGCAAAUAAACCCCCCCCCCUUCCCAUUUCAAGUCCAUGACCUUGGUUAAACUAUGCUGCUCUUUGAACAUUUCUCCAUCAUUCCCUGAGAGACCAUUUUGUACAUAGUUAUUUUCCAUUGUGCAGAUAAACUGUGUUUUCACCUUGGAGAGACUGUCCAUCUGGUCGCCACGUGACCCCCCCCCCCCCCCCCCCCCCAGCUGGUAAAGCCUGCCCUCUAGUGGAGUGUACAGCCCCAUGUAUCUGAGUCACCAGCCACAGCCCAACACCUCACAAUCAUGACGGAGCCCAUCUCAUAGCAAAGCAUUCUGGGAGGAGGACACAGAAACGCACUGUGACAUCUACUGAUGAUGUGACAAGCACUUUGAUACAGAAACUGUGGACUACAGCCACAGACUAAAAGAUAGACUCCUCUGUAGCUACUGAGCUCAGAGAUGAACUAACAACAGGAACACUCUUCAUCAGAUGAUCUCACUCACCUACAGUACCUUGACCAUAAACCCCUACAUGAAGAAACUCAAGCUGGACUUUUUUUAUUUUGUCGUGAGGUCUGACUCAGCAUCGCUGAGAAAUAACUGAAAGACAGACUGCUUAACUCAGUGUGCGUAGUAGAGUGUAUAUGAACAUGUCGAAGUGAGGUAAAUUUUAAUGACAAACCUGUUGCUUGCUGUGACAUUGGUGUAACUGUUAACUCUUUGUUUUUGUCUGAGUUGCCAGGGAAACCUAUUGUACAGCCCUCCUACCUGUCUUUGAGUUAUUUCUGCUGGAGUACUUGAUCAAGUUUGACUUUUUUGUUGAUUUUUACAUCCUCGAUUUGCACAAACAAAGAAUCAUUUUAUUUUGUGUCCAUUUUUUAUUCAUUGCUAAUUGUAUUUUGGUCAAAACUAAGUGUUGAUCAAACAAAUUUUCAUUGCCAAUAAAAUAAAAACUGUCAGUGAAGUAA